AUGGGAGGAGAAGAUCUUAUCAGGUCCCCAUUAGAUGGAGAGGAGGAUGCGAGAAAACUUGUUCCUGACGUAACCGCUUGUUGCUUGUAUGUUGGUGAGGUUUGUCACCGUAGCCUUGUUGUAGUUCCGGUGGUGAAGCUUUUAAUCGGAUUCGAAAUUCAAAUCGAGGAAAAGUUACCGGAAAAAGUCGCUGGAGAAAAGUGGUUGCGGAGGCGUUCUGUUUUAACCAGCAGUGACAAGGACCCUCCGACUCCCAGUCGGGGGUGGAACCCGGGUGUUUGA